AUGAAGAUACGGUCGACCUUAACGUCGUCCUUGUUGUUCCUAGGAAUCCUCGCUUUUGUUGCAGCUGGCGAAAGAAGUGAAGCAAGGAGAAUGUUAGAGGACAAAUGCAGAAAAUCUGAUAUUGAAAUAAAUCAAAGUCCAACAGUUCCACUUCCAAGUGGCAUUCCCACAUACAAGGUAGAGAUAGCUAACACUUGCGUGAGUGGGUGCAACAUUUCUAACAUUCACCUUUCAUGUGGGGGGUUCAGUUCUGCACGCCUUAUCAACCCAACAAUCUUCAAGCGCUUAAGCUACAAUGAUUGCCUUGUUAAUGAUGGCAAACCCUUAAGCAGUGGUGCCAUUAUUUCCUUUGAUUAUGCCAAUUCAUUCCGUUAUGUUCUCUCCGUUUCCUCUGUGGCCUGUGUUUGA